AUGAGAUCCCUAAAUCUGUUGCUACUCAGCGCCAGCUGCGCGCUCAUCCUUAGCAUAGCCUACGCACAUCCGCCCGAGGGUGUGUGGAAAAAGAAGCUUACGUGGAAGGAGGAUUGGGUGCAGGUGUGGAAGACAGUGAAAAAAGAGGCAUGGGAAACCAAAUGGAAAAAGGUUUCGGUGCCAAUAUGGAAGGAGGUUCAGGUGCCCGUUUGGAAAGAGGAACAAGUGCCCGACUGGAAAAUAGUGAAGAAGCCCAAAAUUGAGGAACGCGAAGUGCCCGCUUGGAAGGACAUCAAAGUGCCCGAGUGGAAGAAGAUAACGAAACCCAUUUGGGUGCCCACGAAAGUGGCCGUUUGGAAGGAAAUCAAGGUGCCCGUCUGGAAGGAAAUCCAAGUGCCGUUCUGGAAAGAAAUCCAGGUGCCAGUGUGGAAGGAAGUACAGGUUGCAGACUGGAAGCAAAUGUUUGAGCCCCAAUGGGUGAAAAUGGGCAUACCUGGCGAAAAGUUCCUGGGCAAAGAUCACGAGGGUUGGGAAUACACCAGUCACGAUCUGUGGCGCAAGAAGCUCAUCUGGAAGCCAGUGUGGAAGAAAGUGUGGCGCACUGAAAAGAAACAGGAAUGGCGCACCGAGAAGAAGGAGGAAUGGCGCACCGAAAAGGUGCAGGAAUGGAAAACCGAGAAAGUGCAAGAGUGGAAGCAGGACAAGAAACUCGAGUGGAAGGAUGAAUGGAUACAGGUGUGGAAGAACUCAAAGAAGCAAAUCUGGAUCAAGGAGAAGCGCGAAACAUGGGUAGAGGAGAAGGUACAGAUCUGGCGCACCGAAAAGAAACAAGUCUGGGCCACCGAAAAGAAGCAGGCGUGGAAGGAUGAAUGGCAAUCGGUGAAGGUGCCCGUCUGGAAGGAGGUCAAGGUUCAAGAAUGGAAAAAGGUCUGGAAGCCAGUGUGGGAAAAGGUCUGGGUGCCAAUUAGCCAUGGCCACGGACAUGGCUGGGACUAAGCAGCAGUCGCUCCUUUCCAACUAUCUCGCAAACUAUGCGACAGCACUGAUAUAACUGAUAACUGCCCCCUGGCUGGCUUCCAAUUGCCAAAAGCGAUCGCUCUUUGUUUUUGGUUGACAAAUUGUUAUUACAAAAUUGUUAAUACUUAAGUUUGCAUUGGCAUACAUCAUCCCCAAUCCUCAACAAACACACACACACGCACACACACACACACACACACAUACCGUUUGCAUUUUGUUGACAAAUUUAGCUCACUUUCCAUUUCUUUUCCUGCCUCUAAGUCUCUCUCUCUCUCUCGUCUUUUAUAUAUCUAUAUCUUAAGUGUACAAAUUAGUCAUGCGCGCGUUUGUCUUUAAGUUAUGAAAACUGAUUAAUUGGCCUUUUGGAUUUGGCCAUUGAUAUUCAACUUCAAUGAAGGAAUGAAGCUCAAAAACUAUAAAGCAAAAACAAGUUGAAGGUUUGUAAAUAUGUACCUUACCGAAUACCAUAAACAUAUAUCGUUAUGAACAUCAUAAACUAUUGUACAGAAAUUCAUGUAAAGCGAAA